AUUUGGGACCUAGGUCCACUAGGGAAAACCCUAGGUUCCCAAGAAGAAGCCGCAAAGGAUGGUGGUACUGACGGCCGCCCGUGGUUUGUGGAGAGGUCUGCGAUGCAGGGGAAUUCUCCAAAGAGUGAUAGAUUAGCGGGAACCUGCAAUGGCCGUGGCAAGAUUCGUCAUUGGUGACUAGGUCCACUGGGGAAAAUCCUAGUUGUUGAACCGAUUGUUGAGAUAGAAAGAAGCAAAGACGGCUGUCCAAAGAUGGCGGAGAAAGCAACUCCGGUGAGUGAGAGGUCGGUAGAAGCAGCCGGUGGUCUCGGUAUGAGUUGACGAAGAAAUCUAGGUCCACUGGGGAAAAUCCUAGUUUCAUAAGAGAUUGCCAAAGUAAGAGGUGGUUAAUUAUGUUCCCUGAGAUUUGCGAAGAGAUACUCUUCUGUAAGUGAUAGAUCAAUGGGAGGAUACGGUGGUUUUGGUGUAGAUCGGAGAUAAAUUUUAUUGGGUUUUGAAAAGAGUUAAAAAAGGGAAACAAAUGGGGAAGAAGCUUAAAAAAGAUUGGACUAAAGAGAACAAAAAAUUGUCGAGCAGGAGAGAGGACGAGUAGAUCCCGACGCCGGUGAAAGUCUCCUCGAUAGUCGUGUCUGGGAGCGUUUUUUUCGUUCACCACCAUCUUACUGGUUAAGUUUACUCUUUUAUUCUAGUUUCAACCCCUCGACGACUAAAUUAAUUAUUUUGUCUUUUGUUCAGACAAGAAAAAAAACUUUUUCUUUUCUCUUCUUCUUUACUUCGUUUUUUUUUUAAUUUAGUUUCCUGGUUCUUUCUUUCAAUGUCUUCCUUGUGCCAUUGAUGAGUCCGUCAACACCAAAUCGAGAGUAGUGCAAGACUUUUCUCACACUGUUGUUCACAAAACCGCGUGAGAAAUGUUCUUCCUUCUCAGAUCUUAAAUAAAUCCGUAAUUUUUCCCGCAUUUUCUCUCUCUCUUUCUCUUUCUCUUCUAAGCUUCUCCAAGCGUACAAGCUACUUCUUCUUCUUCUUCCAUAAACUCAAAAGUAAAACAAAACCCUAAAACCAAAAACACUCUUCAAACUCUAUAAAAAUACAAACUUUUUUUCAGGUCUUGUCUUCAAGAGAGUUCAAUUGCAAUUUCCAGGUUCACAAAUUUUAAGCAAUUUCGUAGAUAAGAAAAGAGAGAAUGAUGGGAGGGAAAGGUAGCAAGAACAAAAAAGAUAUUGAAUUUGGUUCACCGUCUACACCUGUACAGAUCAAGAUGAACUCAGAGUACACUGAGCAUUUAAGCUCUUACGAAAGAGCUUGUAGUGAAGAUCCAAAGCUUGAGUCUUUCGACUCUGCGCUUCACGAACGAACUAACCGAGUCAUCAACAAGCUUGCUUCAGGAGUAGAGAUCAAGUCUUUGUCGUUUGAUUCGCUUAAAGAAGUGACGCAAUGCCUUUUGGAUAUGAAUCAAGAUGUGGUCAAAGUUAUCUUACAGGACAAAGAGGAUAUAUGGAACAAUCAAGAUUUGUUCUCUCUUGUGAAUAUGUAUUUCGACAGCACUUUAAAGACUAUGGACUUCUGCUCUGAGCUUGAGCAUUGUCUUAACCGUGCGAGGAGGAGCCAAGUUGUUAUUCAGUUUGCUGUUAAGCAGUUUGAGGAAGAGGCUGAGGUACAUGUUAAUGGGGAUAACGAGAACAAGAAGUAUGAGAAGACACUUGAUGAGCUUAAGAGGUUUAAAGAUUUGGGUGAGCCGUUUACCAAAAAGUUCUUUGAGCUUUUCGAUUUGGUAUACAAGAAACAGGUUUUGAUGCUUGAUGAGCUUCACAAGCUAAAGAAAAAACUCGACAGGAGACUUGGGAAUAUCAAGUCAUGGCGAAGAGUAUCGAACAUGGUGUUUGUGACUGCGUUUGUUUCUGUGCUUAUUUUCUCUGUGGUAGCAGCCGCUGUGGCUGCACCACCUGUUGUGGCAGCUAUAGCUGGUGCAUUGGCUGUUCCGGUAGGGUCUCUUGGGAAAUGGUGUAACACUCUGUGGACGAAAUAUGAGAAAGUGGUUAAAGGGCAGAAGGAGAUCAUUACAUCGAUUAGAAUUGGGACUUUCAUAUCGGUUAAGGAGAUGGAUAAUAUAAGUGUUCUUGUGCGUAAAGUGGAAGUAGAGAUUGAAUCUUUGUUGAAGAAAGCUGAGUUUGCUGUUACGGAGGAGAAAGUGGUGAGGAUUGCGAUAGAUGAGAUCAAGAAGAAGCUUGAUGUGUUUACUGACACUAUUGAAGAACUUGGGAAACAUGCGGAUAAGUAUUGUAGCGAUGUGACAAAGGCAAGAACUGUGAUUCUACAGAGGAUUAUCCGAUACCCGACUGGUACAACUACUGAAGAAGCUACCUGGACGGAGAUGUUGUCGUGAGAAGGCGGAUUCGGAGUCGUGUUUGGCUUUGAAGAUUGUUGGUUUGUUUUCUUUAGCACAAGUAAUAUGAAAAGCUAAAGGAUAUCUUAAUGUUAUUAGUUUCCUUGAGGUAACUUUUGCUCAAUACAUUAAUUAAAGAGAUGCUUGUAAGAUUGGUUUAUGCCAUUUAUUUUGGCUUCCUUUUAAGAUAUUAAUCAAUCUUGUAUGUUUAUAAUUGCA